CUUUCCCUGUAGUUCCAGCUUUGAUCUCCAUGUUUCUUUUCCUUUUCCUUUAGAAAGUCCGUCUUGAAAAGGUGAUUCAGACAUGGUGCCGUAUGCGCUUGAGAGGGGACUCCCUCCAGAAGAUGACCAGCGUUCCAGUGAAGGAACGUGUGAAGGUGUCUCAGAACUGGAGGCUGGGGCGCUGCCGGGACAGGAUUCUGCUGAAGUGGAGAGGCAGUCAGAUGCCCUGGAUGCAGCUAGAGGAUGAUUGUCUGUAUAUAUCCCAGGCGAAUGUCAUCUUGGCCUACCAGUUCCGCCCAGAUGGUGCCAGCUUGAACCGCCGGCCUCUGAGAGUCUUCACCGGGCAGAAUGAGGAUGUUUGCCACUUCGUGCUGGCCAACCCGCAUAUUAUCAGUGCAGGAGGCGAUGGGAAGAUUGGCGUUCAUAAGACCCAUAGCACCUACACUGUCAAGUUCUCAGCUCACGAACAGGAGGUGAAUUGUGUGGACUGCAAAGGGGGCAUCAUUGUGAGUGGCUCCAGGGACAGGACGGCCAAGGUGUGGCCUUUGGCCUCAGGCCGGCUGGGGCAGUGCUUACACACCAUCCAGACUGAAGACCGAGUUUGGUCCAUUGCUAUCAGCCCGUUACUCAGCUCGUUUGUGACAGGGACAGCUUGUUGUGGGCACUUCUCACCCCUGAGAAUCUGGGACCUCAACAGCGGGCAGCUGGUGACACACCUGGGCAGCGACUUUCCCCUGGGGGCCGGGGUGCUGGACGUCAUGUACGAGUCCCCGUCCACGCUGCUGUCCUGUGGCUAUGACACCUACGUGCGCUACUGGGACCUCCGUGCCAGUGUCCGGAAGUGCGUCAUGGAGUGGGAGGAGCCCCACAACAGCACCCUGUACUGCCUGCAGACCGACGGCAACCACCUGCUGGCCACAGGCUCCUCCUACUACGGCGUCGUGCAGCUGUGGGACCGGCGCCAGAGAGCCUGCCUGCACGCCUUCCCGCUGACCCCCACCCCGCUCAGCAGCCCCGUGUACUGCCUACGGCUCACCACCAGGCACCUCUAUGCCGCGCUGUCCUACAGCCUCCACGGCCUGGAUUUUCAGAACCCGUGACCGCCAGGGCCGCCCCUGCUGUGGGCCGGGAAGCCAGCUACUCAGGGACCUCUCGCGGGAGGGUGCGUGCCAGCCCCUCCCACAGCCACCGUGCUCCUGGACCUGUGACCCCAGAGCUCGGCCCCUGAAGCGGGGGCGUCUGACUCCUGGGGCUCUGGGCUCAGCCGGAGACGCAGCCCUCCCAGGAGCCUGUCGGUGCUGGGACUCACCGCUUCUGCAUGUGGCUGAGGCGGGGCAUGCGACCCCGGAGCCGGACCAAGGACCCGGCGUGGAGAGGCCCGCCGGCAUGCAUGCCCUUCCCAGGACAGCCUCAUGGGCGCCAUAAUGGGGAGCGGUGGUGCCCCCACUCCCAGCUGGUAUUGUGCUGCCCCUUCCCGGAAGGAGAGGGGGAAUGCCAGGACCCCAGCCACUCCACCUGGCCGGCCCGCCUUGACCCAGCUCGCGGGCUGGGUGCACUCCUCGGGCACCGUGGUCUGGCUUUGCUUUGGAGCCAAGGAAGGAGCCAAGGGAGACCAGCAGUUCUGAGGCCCGAGCCAGCCCCAUCUUGGCCGGCUGUGGAGACAAGCUGCGGCUGUCAUUUUUGUAACAAUAAAGCCUGGUGGUUCACAGCC